AGCUGCAAAGGAGGGACUUUCAAAACGAAUGGCUCCUCCCCAUAUGUUUUCUUAGUCUGUUGUACCUCUGAAGUUUCCUUUCUUCUUUAGAGUUUGCUAACAGAGACAGAAACAAAUAGCCACAGCUGGGUUUUUUGGCAUGUUUUUAAGUUCCCACAUGCAAGCUGCCAGAGGUACCCUUCCAGAAGACGUUCAGAAGCUCUUUGGAGAUGUUGAAGAUUACUUGGAGAGGCUGCAGACUGAGAACCUUAGUGCCAGAGCAAGGGUGGAAAAGGAUGAAAUCUUGUCCUGUAUUCAUGAGCUUAAAGAGAGGUACCAUUGGGAAUUCCUGCCUGCAGGUGUUCCAGCCAAUUUUAGCCCAGCACAAAAUGGUUCUGAUGACAGCCAGUCCAGGAGUUUCACCCCAUACAUAACAUCAGAGGCAGAAAAUUCUGAGAACAACUCACAGAAGUCUGCUCAUGAUCAUAUAAUUCUAAAACAAGGAUACUUGGAGAAAAGAUCCAGAGAUCCCAAAAUCUUUGGCUCUGAGUGGCAGAAGCGAUGGUGUGUCCUCGACAACAUGGCCUUCUAUUACUAUGCGAAUGAAAAAAGCAAGCAUCCCAAAGGCAUGUUUGCCAUUGAAAACUGCCGUGCUCAACUGGCUUUACACCUGCGCAAGGACUCUCGGAGAAACUGCUGUUUUGAGUUGACCUGCCCUGGUAAACGUACCUAUGAGUUCACUGCUGCUAACCCUACCGAAGCAAUGGACUGGGUGGACCAGAUCCUGUUCUUGCUAAAAGAUAUGAAAUCCUUUGUUAUCCCUUGUGAGGAGGAAGAUGGUGAAAGCCAUGACAAAGAGGAGGCCUACGAUGACAUAGACAGCUUUGACUCCCCCAAUGCAACCCUUCAUAAGGAUACAACUUUGAGUCUGGAGGAGGAGGAGGCCAAAGAAGAGAGUGAUGAGUACAUUUAUGAAAUCCUUCCAGAUGAAGAGCUUGACUUCCCCCCUCCCUUUGAUGAAGAGGAUGCUGGAAAUGCAGAGAAGACAAAAGGAUUCACAAGAAGUUAUGCAAACUACUAUCAAAGUCUGUGGGACUGUACUGGUAGCCACCCAGAUGAGCUGUCCUUCCAGCGUGGAGAUUUGAUAUAUAUCAUCAGUAAGGUAUACAACAUGUAUGGCUGGUGGGUUGGCUUGCUGAACAGCACAGUGGGGAUUGUCCCGAAAGACUAUCUCAUGCCAGCCUUCGAUGUGGAAGACAGAUGAACAACAGGAUAAUGGGUAUUUCAUCUCUUCACAUAACUUUGCUUUGAUGAUGCCAACGAAAACAUAUCCCAGCACUCUCUUUGCUAUUUCUAAGGGGAGAAAAUGCACCAGCAAAUGUUCCUUCAGAAUUUCCUUUUCCUUUUCCUUUUUUUAAAUGAGGGCACUCAAGAGAAAGGAUGUUUUGAAAUGAUUAAGUGGUUUUUCACAAUGUUUUUUUUCUGGCAUUCUCUUAUUGGAACAUUUUGUUGUAUCAAAUAUAUUUUGUCUAUUCUUUAAUCAAGUUAUCAGAUGCUGUUAUUUUAAUCCAAAACUAUAACAUGCAGUACAGAAUAUUAUUAUUAGAAUACACUAUUCUUCUAUAUGAAAAUAAUGAUGGAUACUGUUGUCUGAAAGAUAAGCAUGACUAAAGGUUAAAAGACAAUCAAGUGAGAAAAUAUUUGGGGGGGGGGGGUUGUAAUAAUGGAUCAACUUCCCACCUCACCUAAAAAGCUUUAAAAAUAGAGCCACUAACAUCCCUACCCUUCAUCCCAAUUUAAUUUUGGUAAUGCCUAGUAGGUCUCCAGGCUAGACAAAUUAAUGCUCUUUUGUUGUUGUUUUUAUUCUUAUGAUUGUACCCUAACAUUCCAUAAAACAUACCCAAGGUGGCUAACAGUAGUAAACACCACACAUAAAGUAGUACGGUAAACAAUAUUGAACCAUCUAAAAGUGUAUGUAAAAGAACAACCAGAGCAGCCUGUUUCUUUACUGUGACAUCAGAAUUGCUCUGCUCAUUGUUAAACUGAUACAUUUGGAGGUGCCAAGCAGCACCAUUCAGUAAAUACUGACUCAAAUGAGUCCUGGUCCAGAUUCAACCCUGUCCCUAAUGUUACAUUUUGGAUAAAUAAAUAGUUAUGUGUCUCACUGGCAGAAAGCUGUCCUUCUUUCCUAAUCUCUGGGAUGAUACGGGAGGCCGGCCAUUUAUCAGCCAAGGUUGUGAAUCUAGUUGUAUUAUUUCUAUUAAACAUCAUUUCCAGGG